UUUCUGUCUUUCCAUUUAUCGACCGUUGCAAAUCCAAAAUUUUCAAUUGCAAAGUAAGUAAAACCCAGAUCACAAACUACAAAUGCCAUUAUUGAAUCACCAACAAAAACUCAAAUCUCUCUCUCCGCACACUGAUUGAGAUUCUAGAGAGGGAAAGAAGACGAAAGAAGAAAACAAAACUUAGCUGGGACCUCCAAUUCUUCAACAAUGGCAGAGACUAACGGCUCUCUGCAGCAAACCAACCAACAAAACCCAGCUUUUCAAUCUCUCUUCCAAGCCAUCGACCCCAUCUCUCUCAUUCUUUCCCAGAACCCUACCCUAGAUCAACAUCCAGUCCCCCUGAGGUUCGCCACCGAGAGCUACCCCAUGGAGAGAGGACCCAGAUACACAGCCUACGCGGAACUCAGAGAGUCGCGGCUAAAGAGGAAGUACAUGAGCCCAGAGGAGCUCGAAGAACCCGAAUCGAAAUCGACCCCAUCGAAGAAACAAGUCAAGUUUCAGACCCAUCUGACCAAUUCGCGAAAAGGGUCUUCCGUUCUCGCUCAAUCGGUGCCCGACUUCUCAGCCGUGUUGCGAAAGGAGAACCGUAAGCCACCGUCGAGGCUUCCGUCGUUGCAGGAGAUGACCCCGCCGGCGAAGAGUUCGGCCAAAGCGGCGAACGGGGUUUUGUCGAAUUCGAGAGGGAGCAAGUCGGCAAGCGCGGGGGAGAAGAGGUACAACAAUGGCGGAGGGGUCAUGGCGAGGAAGAGCUACGCGAGUAUGGAGGAGUUGAAGGGGUUGUCGACCGCCGCCGCUAAUGCUAUUAGCGGCGAAAACAGGGGCGGAAGGAAGGCCAAUGGCAAUGGCAGAGCAAUGCCAAAGACUGUUUUGGGAUACAGACAGUUCUGAAAGUUCGGUGCUUUUUGGGUUUUUUUUGUCUCGAUUCAUUCUUUCAUUGCUGAAUAUUUUGCUUGAGGUUUUAUGACCUGGGAAUUUGAUUACCACUUAAAAUUCUUCUUUUUUUUUUUUUUUUUAAUUUGUUUCGGAAUGUAACUAGUAAAUGAUAAAGUUUGAUGGAUUUUUCUUCCCUUAA